AUGCCUGACUUGAUCUGGGACAUCAAUUUGGCGGCCAAGGCUCAGGCUUGGGCAAACAGAUGUCCAAAUGGACAUGAUCCAGAUGAGGCAAGGUUGACACCACCAUACAAAUGGGUUGGACAGAAUUGGGCCGUCGAUGCUGAUGUGGCAAAAGCUGUGCGAGGUUGGUUUGAUGAAUAUAAGAAUUAUGAUUACCAAAGCAACUAUUGCAGAGCUGGAAUGUGCGGCCAUUACACACAGAUGGUUUGGGCGACCACGACGCAUUUGGGAUGUGGCGUAGCUGCGUGUAAAUAUAGAGGUUUUGAUGUAGCAAAUCUCGUUUGCAACUACGGCCCAGGCGGCAAUUACGAAGGCAAGAGACCCUACUGA